AACAUCCAUAUUUAUUUAUGUACGUAUGUAUGUAUGUAGGUUUGUUUGGAUAUUGAUGUACAACUGCGUACAAUAGCAUCAGGCCUAUGCAUAAAACACAACAACUUCAGCAUCCAUUUCACCACUUAUAACAACAAAACUUCUGCUUGACAACCCCGGCGAAUAGAAGAAAAGGGAGCGAAGUAAGGAAAAUCGCAAGAGAAGAAAAAAGGAAACAAAAGACGCACGUGGUUGCCACGGAACUAAAAACUUUUGGCUGCGUGUGUUCGUGAGUUCACACUUUUCUCGGGCGGGAAGAGAAGAUGCACGCGAAAAUAAACGGGAGAGAAGCAGCCACCACAAAAAGGAGACAGACAACUCGCACCGCCAAAACUCAGCACAAGUUUGCUAAUUUAGCCACCCAGACUCGCUCGUUGAUGAGGAUGCUGAAGAAGGAUGUUGUUGAGCAGCUCUUAGCGGAAAGGAAAAAAAGUGAGCAAAAGGACAAGCAACUGGCGAAGCUAAAUAUUACAACUCAAGAGAAGGAUAAAAUGCGCGAGGAGGAACUCAAGCUAUAUUACCAAAUGGAAGAAGAGAUAACCAAUCAGAAAUUAUUGCAAGAGCAGUUGUUGUUCGAGUCCAAGGACGAAUUAACACAGCAGCUUGAGAAGAUUGCCAUCGAAAAUACUUGCUGCAUAUGCCUGGAUCCUUGGGAAGCGAAGGAUCAUCACCGCUUGGUUUCGCUUAGAUGUGGUCACCUUUUUGGGGAGAUGUGCAUCCGGACCCACUUGCAGCAUGCCGAUAUGUGCCCAAUAUGCCGCAAAGUAGCUAUUGAAAGAGACGUCUGGCGUGUGUUAUUAAACACGCCAUAAAAUUAUUUUCUAUAAAUACGAUGUUCUAGCUAUAAUAUAGUGCGUUGAUAAGCGCGAUCGAUUUAAUCGAUAAACAUAAA